UGAUUUUUUUAAUUUUCAAUUUAACAUUAAAUUUAUUUUUUAAAAUUUUGUUAUUGUUAAAUUUAUUAUAAACUUAGGGAAAAUAUUUAGUAUAUUACUGGUGGAGAUUUUAGACUCCAUAAGUAAAGUCGUUGGGUUGACAAGUGUCCUAUAGAGAUAUAAUAAAGUAUUUAAAAAAAGGCACGUGUCAAAUUUUAAAAAUAAAUAUUUUAAGGAAUAAAAUAACUAUAAAUGUUGUUACUUGAUAAUGGUGCAGGACUAAGGCUGAUGAAUUUGAAACAUCUUAAUUUGAGUGUUAAUGGUUUCAAAAAUAGUAUAUUGCCAUCUCUUGCUACACUUCCGAAUCUAAAGACAUUGAGGAUAGAUAUCUCUCAAUGCAAUGGAUUAAUCGAUAUGAAAGAUUUAUAUGGUUUUGGCAAUUUGGAAGAGCUGACUAUGGCCAGCUAUAUAGAUGCAUAUACAGAGGCAGAUGCAGAUGCAGGUUGUAGCUUCUCAUUACAAUCAUUGGGCUUCUUCCCCACUUUGAACACUCUUUCUUUAGGAGGAUUUAAUAUUAAUGAAACCUCAAUGGCUUCUUAUUCCCGCAACACCUCUGUUACAGCAGACUUUACUUCUUUGAAGCGUUUAAAGUUGUUGUACUGUAACGUCAACAAAAACCUCACUCGACAAGAAGGCCUAAAUUUAAGAAGUUUGGAAGAGUUGGAGUUGUCUCAUUCAUCUUUACCUUCAAACUUUAUUCAAGUUUUUGGACCACUCAUUUCUCUUAAAAAAUUGACCGCCUUUGGUAUUGAUGGUAACAACAGUCCACCUAUGCAUGAUGUCUGUGAAUUGACAAAUCUCCAAGAGUUGAACAUGCAAGACUGUAAUCUAAAGGGUAGCUUACCCAUGUGUUUCUCCAACCUCACCUCCCUUAAAAUGUUAUCUCUCUCUUCCAAUCAGUUUUCCGAAAAUAUAUCUAUCCUUAAGAGCCUAAAAUUGCUUGAAUCUUUGAACCUCUCUUCUAAUCAGUUAUCUGGAAAUAUAUCUGCCCUUCAGAGCCUAACAUUGCUUGAAUCUUUGGACCUCUCUUCUAAUCAGUUCUCUGGAAAUAUAUCUGCCAUUCAGAGCCUAACAUUGCUUGCAUCUUUGGACCUCUCUUCUAAUCAGUUUUUUGGAAAUAUAUCUGCCCUUCAGAGCCUAACAUUGCUUGAAUCUUUGGGCCUCUCUUCUAAUCAAUUCUCUGAAUCUUUGGGCCUCUCUUCUAAUCAAUUCUCUGGAAAUAUAUCUGCCCUUGAAAGUCUAACAUCCCUCCAAUCGUUGGAUGUUUCAAACAAUAAAUUUCACAUCCCAAGCUCAUUAAGACCCUUGUUCAACCUUUCAAAACUCAAGUACCUCUAUGCAGAUAACAACACCAUACAUGCUGAUGAUCAUGAGAUGUCGCAUUCUUCGGCUCCAAGGUUCCAAUUGAGUUCCAUCAGCUUAACUUGUUGUGGAAGUGGUGGGCCAUUUCCAAAAUUCUUGUACCAUCAAAGUGAAUUGCAGGAGGUUUCUCUCUCAGACAUAUAUUUCAAGGUGGAUCGAUUUCCGGUUUGGUUGUUGGAAAACAACACGAUGCUAAUGACCCUGAAUCUCGUGAAUUGCUCUCUAUCAGGGCCUUUUCAAGUGCCAUCGCGUGUGCAUUCUGCUUUAUCACGUUUGGAUAUCUCCAACAAUGCCUUCGGUGGCAACAUCCCAGUAAGAAUGGGCGCACACCUACCAUUUUUGCGUUAUUUGAACAUGUCAAGGAAUUAUUUCAAUGGCAGCAUUCCCUCUUCUUUUGGUGAUACGAGUUCCCUACAAGUUUUGGACUUAUCAAACAACCAAUUAUCUGGAGAGAUACCUCAGCACAUGGCUAUAGGCUGCUCUUCAUUACAGGUACUUGUAUUAUCAAAUAACAAAUUACAAGGAUCAAUUUUCUCAGGAAAUUUUAAUCUAAAGAGCUUGUUGGAGCUCCAAUUAAAUGGAAAUAACUUCACUGGGAUGAUCCCAAAUGUCUUAGCUUACUCUGGCUUGAAUAUACUAGAUCUUAGCAACAACUAUAUCUAUGGUGAAGUCCCAAGUUGGAUUUGGAAUAUGUCAGAGCUGGCAUCAUUGGAUGUGAGCAGGAACCAACUCUUUGGUAGGUUGCCACAAUGGAGGGGAAAUGCUUCGAAUUUGGCACUAGUUUCCAUGGCAGAUAAUCAACUUGAAGGUUCAAUACCAAGGGCAAUUUGUAGUCUCAAUCUCAAACUCCAAUUUUUGGACCUUUCCAUGAACAGUUUAUCUGGGACUCUACCAUCUUGCUUCAAGCCGGUAUCGGUGAAGGAAGUUCAUUUAUUUAAAAAUAAGCUACAAGGAGCGUUACCAAAUGCUUUUCAUGAUAGCUCUUCGUUGGUGACAUUGGAUCUCAGCUACAACCACUUGAAGGGUAACAUUCCAAAUUGGGUUAGCAAUCUUUAUGAAUUAAGUUAUCUUCUCUUAAGGAGAAACCACUUUGAGGGUGCAAUUCCAAUUCAAUUAUGCAAGUUGGAUCGUUUAAGCUUGAUUGAUCUUUCUCAAAAUAAUCUCUCUGGUGGUAUUCCUUCUUGUUUAUGAGUUGCUGCGCUGAACUAUGUAACUGAGCAAUAUAUUAGGCAUCGAAGUAUUUAUUACAGCAUAAAUAACUCGAUGGCCAAUGAAGUUUCAAUAGAAUACACAGUAAAGAGCAGAUCCUACAAUUACAAGAGAAGAAUGCUUCAAUACAUGUCUGGAAUUGAUCUCUCCUGCAACAAGCUUACCGGUGAAAUUAGUUUUGAAACAAAAAACAUUAUGAAACUCUUCACAUUGAACCUUUCUCACAAUAGCUUGACCGGACCAGUGCCACAUGCAUUUUCUAACCUCAUGGACAUGGAAAGUCUAGAUCUUUCCUACAACAAUUUGACAGGGAAUAUCCCUGCCGAAUUUGCGGUGUUACAUUUCCUGGAAUACUUCAAUGUGUCAUACAACAAUUUAUCUGGAAAGACACCUGAAAGGAUUGGACAGUUGGGAGCAUUUGAUGAAAGCAGCUAUAUCGGGAAUCCUUUCCUUUGUGGCUCAUUGGUGGGAAAAAAUUGUUCACCGGUCACAACACCACUGACACCGAAGGCUUCAUCUGGCAUCAAAGAAGACCAUGGUUUCAUUGAUAUGGAUGCCUUCUAUGCAAGCUUCUUUGCAUGUUACGUGAUGGUGCUAUUGUGUAUCGCAGCUGUGUUGUACAUAAAUCCUUAUUGGAGGCAAGCAUGGUUUUACUACAUACAAAUGGCCGUUGAUUCUUGCUACUAUUUUGUGGUAGAUAAUUUCCCCAUAAAUUUUUGUAGUGGAAACAUGUAGAAAAUUUUGUUGUGAAAUUUGUCGAUUGCAAUGCCAUGUUUAUAUGUAGCAACUGUGUUAAGACGAGGCUUUAAAGUGCUCUUUUGGAACUGAAUAAAAACUCCCACAAGCCAUAUUCUUAGUUUCACUGCUAUUUUA